AUGCCCGUUCAGACUAGUCCACCGUCAGUACCGGAUUCAUUCCCAUCCUUUAUGUCAGUGUUUGGUGGGAGACCACCCAGCAUUGCCGACAAGGAGGAGCAGGCGACUGCAGUUAAACCUCUCGAAGUACCCACUAAUGUCACCGUUAAUACGUCGCGACGCCCCCUUCCUUUCAAGCACCGUGAGAGCAUCUCAUCGAUGACAUCAGCGUCUACUGAUUCUUCGCCGACCACCACCAUCUCUACCUUCGAUUCACCUUCCGGCGCAGAGACAUCCCCCAGCUCUUCUCCGGAAUCUCCGACGUCCAUGCCACUGUCGUAUACCAAAUUCAUGCCGCCACCGCGCAAUGUCGAGAGCCACUCGCUCUCGACAGCCCAUAACAACCUUUCUAAAUUAUCGUCCGAUACACCGAAUCCUGUGCGCCCGGACUCUCCCGGCAGGCGAGCACGAAACUUGAAGAAUUUAUCCUUGAGGAUGCCUCCCCCCUCACAGUCUUCCCGCCCUCCAAUUGCUACAGCAUCCGUCGUUGAAACAACCUCGCAGCACCAUUUGUCUGCGCCACCGUCGCCAGUACACAUCCCCCCCCGAAGCUCACGCCGGAAACCGGCAAAUCUCACUAUUCGGACUCCCGGCUUUGAUAGAUCGUUUUCUAGCAAUAUCUCUGAAAUUCCUCCUACCCCACUCAGCCGGCAACCUUUGCGACAUACCGAAUCUUCCCCAUCUCUAAAUUCGAUCUUCUCCCCGUCAUUUGGUCCCAAAGGUGGCAUGCAAUUACCCAGGCCCAUGACCCAUCAUGGCAGUCGACGGCUAUCGGCUUCGGAGGAUAACCCAUCACCUUUGCAGCCAGUCCCCGAUGAAAACUCAGUUUCUGGCGGUGUGCUCCAUGAAUUGGAGGAGGAGGAUGAUCACCUAGACUCGAGAGAGUCUACUAGACGCAGUGAGCGGGGCUACCCGAAUGGGCCUAUCCAAAUCUACGACUCCGGAGUCUAUUUGUACUUGGAACCGACAGUACAAGAAGCGUCCCAGUUUGAUGUUGUCAUCAACGUGGCCAAGGAAGUAGUAAAUCCAUUCACUAACACAACGGCCAAGAAUGGAUCUGUUAUGAGUGUCCUUCGGAAUACGUCCACAAACCCCAAGCCGUCGCCGAUCGAAGUUCCAGGAACAGCCAUGUCAGAUAUUUCCUUCAAAUCCGCCUUUGAAUACCCCCCGAAUGAGUCGUCGCCUGGCACACCUCGCCACGACGCAUCCAAGCCGGAAUACAUCCAUGUGGGCUGGGACCAUAAUUCAGAAAUACUCGAUGACCUCUAUCCCCUCUGCGAGCUCAUUGAUUCCCGCAUUUCACAAGGGAAAAAGGUCCUUGUUCACUGUCAGUUGGGUGCCAGUCGAUCCGCGUCGCUGGUCAUCGCAUAUGGUUUAUACAAAAACCGGCAGCUGGAUUUCAACUCCAUGUACGAGAUUGUCAAGGGGCGGAGUCGCUGGGUGGGCCCUAAUAUGAGCCUUAUCUACCAAUUGACAGAUUUCCGUUCCCGGUUGCUCCGGGGUGGCCCUUCAAAACCGGCGCCUGAGGAGUGGUUUGCGGAAGGUCCUCGGAGGGGCUCUGAACCGCAACCCUCUCGAACGGAGGCACUUAACCAGCCUGAAAUCGUGACUCCAGCUGGACCGGCUUCAUGCGCUGGUUUGUCGCAGGCCUCGACGAGCUCACUCUCGGUGCCUUCGACAAACCAGACCACGCCUACUUCUGCUGACAGUCUAAGCUUUCCUAAAACCCCUUCACAUAAGCGAAGCCUAUCUCCGCGGCCAUUAACUCUGCGGAAGUCAAGCUUCCAAGUCGGCGACUCGGCCGUACGAUCGAUCCGUCCAGAGUCCGUAUUAAAUCCAUGGCGUACGGAGAGCGGGCCUUACUCCUUAGCAAAGACCGACUUCUUCGUGCGGGAUGGUCCAGUAGAACCGCCUGCUCUCUUCUCACCAAGAACUACGGGUUUUCUGGCGGCACCGAUGUCACAGUCGAUCUCUAGUCAACUGGAGAAUAAUGGUCUGCACGGUCUCCGGUUCGGGUCGCGGAUAGCGGAUCCUAGGUCUCCUCCCCCAGGGAACGAGCGCCUGAUCAUGAGAAAUAUUGACGAAUUUUUAUAA